GUUGUGUUUCGUGUCGUGUUAAUUUUUCACAUUUUUAUCGAUAUUUCACUAUUUUUACUCGUUUUUUGUGUUGAAUUUUUGUUAGAAAUGAGUAAAAUGAGUCGCACACCGAAGAAAAAGAUCGCUCCUGAACCACCGGCGCAAGAAAUCGACGAAAAUUCCUUGUUUACGCCGCCCGUAAAGCAAUCCUUUCGCACGGAACUGAAGGAAGCACUGAUGAAACGCAACCUUUUGACUGUCGGAUCGAAAAACAAAGCCAUCCAGAUCAUCGAUGACAUGGAUUCAAGUCCCGAAACGACUCCCAUGAAGCCCAGCGAGUUACGAAAACGCGCAAUUGAGGAAAUUCGCACCUCUGAACGACGAUAUUUGGCGCAAUUGGAGACGUUAAGGAAAUUUUUCAUUGUUCCCUUGAAGGAAAAGCAGCUAAUUGACACAAAAACUCACACCGCAUUAUUCGGGCAGAUCGAAAUGAUUUACAAUUUGAACAAGGAACUGCUUGACGAGCUCGAAGCUGAUUUAAAUAACGUCUCAAAAGCUUUUGUGAAGUUGGCUCCCUUCUUCAAACUGUAUUCCGUGUAUGCGUUUGACUUUAAAAAUGCACUUUUACUGCUGCAAGAGGAAUCUUCGAAAGAUUUGAGCUUCAAAAAGUUCUUGGAUGACACGGAAACGCGCCCGGAAGUUCAAAUGAAGCUCAAUUCGUUGCUAAUUACGCCAAUUCAACGUGUUCCGAGAUAUAAAUUGCUACUUCAACAAGUCUUGGAAUACACAAGUCCCUCGGAAACGGAUCACAAAAUCCUGCUGGAGUCAAUUAAGGAGAUUGAAAGUACCGUGCAACACAUUAACGCGGUCAUAGAAGAUCAGGAACACGUUCAAUCGUUGAUUAAUUUGCAAAAUUCGUUGACAAACAGGUCUCCGAGUAUUGUGAAGCCAAGUAGGAAGAUUCUAAAAGAAGGCGCUUUGUCGAAAGUUUUGACUUCGGGCAACGGGCAAAAGUAUUAUUGUGUACUUAUGUCGGAUAUUUUCAUGUAUUGCAAGGUUUUGAAGAAACGCCCUUCGAACACAGUGGUUGAAAAUAGUCUCCAAUGUUGCUGUAUUUAUCCGUUGCGCAAAUCAAAGGUCUCGGAAAUGUUUUCUGCCAACUUUAAAUUGUCGUGUCAGGGAGAAGGUAUCAUUUUUCAUGCAGAAAAUGAUCAACAAUGUCGCGAAUGGGUAGUUAAAAUUAAAGAAGUGAUCGAUAGUUUGGUAGAAAGUAGAAAAACUUUGAGAAAAGAGUCGAGUCGAAAGCGUCCCGUGAAGAAAAAGCAACUCAAGUACUUUGAAACGGAAUAUAUUUUGAGUCCGCCGCAGAAGGGAAUUAAAUAUGAUUAUGAAAAUGUCUACAAAUACACGGAUCUUGACAAAUCUAUCGAAAAACCUGCACCUAAAGUAAAGAAAUCAUCGAAAAAAGUUCCCAAACUCAAAUUAACGGAAGCUCCUGAGGAAGAAACCAUCGCAGAGACGCCUACCAAACAACCUUCUACCACAAAUUCUCGUUCGGGAGGUCUUUCACGUUUCCAAUCUCUCUUCUCCUUCUUCCGUCACACACCUUCAAACAGUCAAACUUACUUCAAAUCCUCAAACGUUGACUCAAGUAUCCCAAGCGACGUCGAUUUCAAGUUUGCCAUUGCUGGAAUGCUUGGCGGCGAACACUUGUCAGCUGUUACUCCUCCUCCCGCAUCAAAUUCUGGCUUGAAAUCCUUCAAAAGUGAGACAAAUUUACAAAAUUUGAAUACGCCUGAUGCCGAAAAAGAUAUUUUGUAUCCGCUACGACGCAGUUUGGAUCGUCAAAACUCGAGCGGGAAGAAACGAAAGCAAGAAAAGGAAGAAGAAACGCACAAUUCGACGAAACGGGUGAAAUUUAGCGAUAAAGAAGAUGUUGCUUCGGAAAGUUUCUUCGAACGUUACGACCAACAGCAUUGUCAGGAAAAUGUUCCGAAAUUCAAACCGCCUUCGAGCAACGGGAUGUCACUGAAAGAUAGAAUUGUGGAUUUCUUUUCGAAAUUAAUUUGAGAUUUUAAAAUAGGAAAAUGGGAAUGGAAGUUGAUAUUAUUAAAAAAAUCUUGCCUUUUUUUGAUGAAAAUUUAUUUUUAGA